AUCUCCGACAACAAACACAGAGAAAAUACAGAGCGAGCAACAGACGCGAACCCGGAGCUAUGAAUAAUAAAGGACAAUACCCUUCUGCCCCAGCCUACCCAACCCAGGCACCCAAUUCUCAGUCAGUGUACCCACCAACCAUGCACCUGCCACAGGCUCCUUCUUAUACAGAUGCACCUCCAGCUUAUUCUGAGCUGUACCGAGCUGCGUAUAUGCAACAAGCAGCAGCUAAUAUGAGCGCUCUAUCUGCACACUACCCCAGCACAUCAAUGUACCUUCCUAUGGCUCAGCCUAUGCAAGUUGCACAAAUGUCCUCACAAGUACCUAUGGCUUAUUACCCUAUUGGUCCUGUCUACCCACCUGGCUCCACAGUCCUUGUCGAUGGGGGCUAUGAUGCAGGGGCUCGAUUUGGUGUGGGUAACUCUCCAUCGGUUCCACCACCGCCAACCGGCUGCCCCCCGAAUGCAGCUCAGCUGGCUGCCAUGCAGGGUGCAAAUGUAUUAGUCACACAGAGGAAAGGCAAUUACUUCAUGGGUGGCUCAGAUGGUGGAUACACCAUUUGGUGAAAAGGAAACAGAGGCAUGGAAAUGGGGGUUAAAAGCAAAAAAAAAUAAAAAAAAAAUAAAUAAAAUGGGCUAGCCUUUGUACAAGGAAGGGCAUCUCACCCUGUGAGCACUUCUCACAAUGUUCUGCUUUAGAAUAUUAACUGAGAAUUGCUGUUUAGUCACAGAUGUGGUGAGAUGUCUUCCUGGCGCUCAUUCUUUAUGUACUCCUGCUAUAUUAAAGGAGGUCCUUUAAAAAAAAGGAAAGGAAACGCUUUGCAACCCUUUCAGACACCUCUAACCUCUUCCCAUGCACCUUCACUUAUAAGUAAACUUUCAAAUUACAGGCUGAUUUUAGGCUCAGCAAGUCCUUUUAAUGAGGGAUAGAAGGACUGUAAGUUAGGAGUCAUUUUUGAAGUAACUAAGAUGCAGAUUGUUGUGCUUUGUAAUUGUUGCUGGCUUUGGGAUAGGACACGGCUGUAUUAUUAACACUUAGGAAUGCAUAUUGUACCUUUUAAAGAGAGAGCAAAAGAAAAUCCCUACACAAACGUAACAUUUGGCCUCUAUUUCCGAAUGUCCUAUCAUCAUUUCUUCAUGUAAAGCAAGUCCUAUUUCUUUUCUGUCCCCAGAUUUCAGAUAUAUGCAUCAUGUUUCUGUGUUCUGCAAGCCAACCAGUUGUUGUUUUUUCUGAAUGCUGCUUUGAAACAGUUUUUGCAUUCUGGGUUAUUUGCCCUUUCAAUUAGCAGCAUGAUAGACUAGUUGGAUAUUGUAACUAUUAGCAGUUAGACUACACAUGAGGGUGCUAUAUUAUCAUUUUCAGAUGCAAAUCCUAUCACUUACAAUACUAAACGAUUCUAUAGUUUCUGUUCAGAAGGCUUUAGGUUUAACUACUGUUACCAGUGACUCUGGGAAAUGGAAGUAAUAAGAAACGCUUUUUGUGACUGCCUUUUCCACCAAAUAACCUAUAUAAUAAGACAGACUAAACACAUUUUCUGCACACCUCCUAAUCAAACCUAAAUUAUUUUUUUCUCUGAACUGUGUUUUGGCCAUGGAGUGGUAAUUCAGCAACACAGUUUAUUUUUUAAAAGUAAUUUGGUAAACAACAUAAAUGUAUAAUGCAUAAUAUUAUGAAUAGAAUGAAUAUGUGUAUCUGUUUUUUGGAAGUCAGACUUAAGAACUGAUGACAACAUAACCAACUCAAAAAAUAGGCAGCCUGAAAUGCUUCUUUACAGUGAAAAAGACUAGAUUUAGACUUCUGGGUGUGAUAGUCCAAAUUAAUGCAUUUUACAAAUGGAAUAUGAUUAAAUCAGAUAGAUCUAUAUGACAUUUAUUCCAGAAAAAAA